AGGAGCGGGAGCAGCAGGAGCCUGGACGGGAGCAGCGGCGGCUGCGGCGGCGGCGGCGGGAGCAGCAGCAGCAACAGCAGCAGCAGGAGCCUCCUCCUCCUUCUUCUCCUCCUCUUUGGGCUCCUGAGCAGGCGCGGCAAGGACUAUUGGCGAAACCUCUACUGGCGGGGCGGCGGCGGCAGCAGCAGCAGGAGCAGUCGCGGGGAGUUCCGCACUCUGCGCAUCGAUGGGAGCAGCGGCUGGGGCGGCGGGAGUCUCUUCUGUAACAGCCUCAGCAGCGGCCGCGGCGGGUGCUGCCUCAGCAGCUGCGGCGGCCUCCACAGCGGGCUCCUCGGUCUUCUUGGACUUCUUCUUCCUGCCCAAAAGGCUACGCCCGAGGCGCUUCAGGAGGUUCAUGGCAUUCGGGGGAACUCCAGGCAUCUUGACUGUGGUGUGUUGUAAAAGGGGUGUUGUGUUGAGGUACGGUAUUAAGAGUCGCAAGUGGUGGUGGUGUUGCCGGUGAAGAAGACGAAGUGAAGAAGUGUGAAGAGGAGGAAGGUGAAGGCAAGGAAUGUGAAGAAACAAGAAUAAGAACAAGAACUGGAGACAAGAAGACAGGAAGAAGUAGGGAAGGGGUGGGUGUGUGUGUGGUUUAUUUGAGGGGGGUGUGAGAGCGAACGCUGGGAGAUUUGGAGAACGAGAUGGGAUUGGCUUUUGCAGGGAUGAUUGCACUAACAGCUACCUGGGAGGCGAAGCACCAAUCGGGGGAGGGUCC